AUGAUCUUCACUUGGGGAUGUUCACAAGGAUCCGGAGAAGGCCGACCUAAGGCUGGACCUCAGCGGCAGGCUGUACGAGUAAGCCCGUGUCCCCGACCCGACGGGUCGAGCUCGGAGGCCUCACUGAUAGCGGGAUCACUCGUCGGGUCGGUGCGAGCAUGGUUUAACUCGACCUGUCGGAGAUUUUUCUUGUCGGGUCGGUGGCUCACUCGGGAGCUGACGAGUGCCUUGCUUGAGGGUCUUCUGAGUCACAAGAUCCUAUGUACCUCACAGCGAAGAGCCAGAGCCAGGCUCAAGCAAGUCAGCUUCCCGCAGGUAUGGACUAGAUCCCCCGUGUUUUGGACAAACUCGCUUGUGCUCGAUGGACCGGCUCGUUACCCAGCCACCCGCCUCGGUACCCAGCCACCCGCCUCGGUACCCGUGGAAACUGCUCGGCCGGGCUUCUACUCGCCUUGCGAGUAUCCCCGCGGAGAAGAACUCGGAAGAGCUCCCACGCGUGUACCGCUCGGGAGCCAGCCUUAG